AUUGAAAAGGUUCGGAAAACCCUUGUUCGCAGCAAAACCCCAACUCCGGACUGGUCUAUAAACCCUAAGGUUAUCGCGUUGAGAUCGUAUUUGUUUGGAGCUCGUAUUCUUAGUCGAAUAUGAGUCAGCCAAUGGAUCAGGAUGCCCCCGGAAAGAAUGAGGAGGAGGAGUUCAACACGGGUCCACUUUCUGUUUUGAUGAUGAGUGUUAAAAAUAACACACAGGUGCUCAUCAACUGCCGCAACAACAAAAAGCUUUUGGGCCACGUGAGGGCUUUUGACCGUCACUGCAACAUGGUGCUCGAAAAUGUGCGCGAGAUGUGGACUGAGGUGCCCAAGACUGGGAAAGGCAAGAAGAAAGCUCUUCCAGUGAAUAAGGAUCGUUUUAUUAGUAAGAUGUUUCUCCGUGGAGAUUCCGUGAUCAUUGUCCUGAGAAACCCCAAGUAACAAGAGCGAUUAUUAUGUUUCUGUGGCAAGCUAAAUUUCUUUAUUUCAUUCAGGUGAACAACUACGGAAGUCGGUGUGAGUCUUGUCUGCAUGCAGUAGAUAGAUAGCUAGAUGCUUUCAUCAUUUUGCACUUCAUUCCCGCCAGUCUGAAUUUUUUGUGUCAACUCUUGGUCCUCUUUUAAGAAUUUACGCAUAUGUAGUUGUCUGAAUUAAAAAUUUCGAAGUAUUGUGUAUGCUUUCCUGUAGCUGAUUUGUAGUUGAAAUAGCGACCUGGUUUUUGUUC